CAUGCGCAAGUAGUCGAGUCUAUCGUUAGUCACUGCUAUGACAACAGGGAGAUGGCUUCAAGCAAAUUGAUGAGGCACACGCAAAAUUAGAUUUUUAUCUGAACUGUGAACCCCAGACGUUCAGACAGGCUCGUCUUGUUAGAGUGUCACACACAGACCACUGUCCAAACCUCCCUCUGGGUCCUGGAGUCAAAGAAACAUCAGCAUGUAGCCGAUAUGGGCCAACUGUAAGAGUAGCAUGUCUCUGUUCAAGGCGCGUGAUUGGUGGGCCACGGUGCUGGGCGAGGGGGAGGAGUUUGACCAGGGAUGCCUGUGUGUCGGAGAUGUGGACAACAGCGGCAGCGGACAUGAUAAGAUCGUGGUGGGCAGCUACAUGGGCAUGCUGCGGGUCUUCUCCCCCCACCCUGCCAAGCCUGGAGAGCCCAGCCCGGCCCACAGCCAGCUACUGGAGGUGCAGCUCAGAGACCCCGUCAUCCAGGUUGAAGUGGGCAAGUUUGUCUCGUGUUCAGAUCUGCUUCAUCUGGCUGUGCUGCACCCCAGAAAACUGUCUGUGUACUCCGUCUCAGGUACUGCUGGUAAUGUGGAGCAUGGGGUUCAGUACCAGCUCAAGCGGGUCUAUGAGCACAACCUCCAGAGGACUGCCUGCAACAUGACGUAUGGAACCUUCGGAGGGGUCACAGACCACCACUCUCUGUGUAUCCAGUCAAUGGAUGGCAUGCUGAUGUUCUUUGAGCAGGAGAGUUACUCAUUUGGCCGUUUCCUCCCUGGCUUCCUCCUGCCUGGUCCUCUGUGUUACUGCUCCCGCACUGACACCUUCCUCACUGUGUCCUCAGCACGACAGGUGGAGAGCUACAGGUAUGAGACGCUGGCGGUGGCCACGGAUGCAGAGACCAGACAGGAUGCUGAGCAGCAUAGCAAAACUGCAGGGAAGAGACUGACGGCUGACUGGACCCUGGUCCUGGGGGAGCAGGCCUUGGACCUCAGUGUCCCCUCCUUCUCUCCGUCCUCGUCCUCCAUCUUUGUUUGCGGCGAAAGGAACCUGUACUGCCUCAAAGACAACGGACAUAUCCGCUUCAUGAAGAAACUGGAGUACAACCCCAGCUGCUUCCUCCCCUACUCCUCAGUGUCUGAAGGCACCACCAACACUCUGGUCGGUAACCAUAACAACAUGCUGCUGGUGUACCAGGAUGUGACGUUGAAGUGGGCCGCCCAGCUCUCCUGUUCCCCCGUGGCUGUCAGGCUCGCUAACUUCCUGGACCUGAAGGGUGUGGUGGUGACCCUGAGCAAUGAGGGCCACCUGCAGUGUUCCUACAUGGGCACAGACCCCUCCUUCUUCUCCACGCCCAAGGUGGACGCCCGCGAACAGGACUACUCCCAGAUCGACACUGAGAUGAAGAGUCUGCAGAGGGUCAUCAGACAGGCCACCAGGACCCAGGCUGAUAUACUUCCUGUAGCAGAGACAGAUGAGGAUCUGACUGUUACAGCCACAGUCUCCACUAACAUGGACAGCACAUCGCAAGCGCUCAUCCCGGACAUUGAUGGUCUACCCGUCCCCUCAGUCACAGUGAAGAUCAAGGUGACGAGUCGCUGUGCGUUGCAGGGUCCUAAGCUGACUGUGUGUGUUCAGCCUCCACUGGCUGUCACCCAGGAUCAGCUUGUGUUGGAACCUCUGGGUGUUGGGUCUACCACUGUGGUGGCGUUCUCUGCCUUCCUUAAUGGGCAGUAUCCACCAGCAGACCUGACGGGAGACGUGGCCGUAUCUUACAGCUCUCCUACAGAGCUCAACCCUGCAGGCAUCCCGAGGGUGGCCCAGUGUAAGUUCUCCCUGCCCCUCCGUCUGGUCUGCUGCCCCUCCGCCCCCUCCAAGAACGCCAAGUAUAAGAUCACCGUGGAUACCAACAAACCGCCGGUCAACCUCAGCGAGGUCUUCCCAGACUUUCUGGAGAAGUCUGAGGACAAGGAGGGAAACGCUCUGGCCUUCCACUUCCUCUCAGGGCCCAGAGUCACUGUACUGGCCUCCAAGACCUCCCAGCGCUACCGUAUCCAGAGUGAGAGUUUCGAGGACAUCUGGCUGGUGGCUAAGGAGCUGGUGCAGCGCUUCGACCGCCACUUUGCCAAGCAGGGAAUCAAAGACUUCAGAAACAGCUUUGCAGGCCCUAUACCUCUGGCUGAGUACUUUGAGACUGUCGACCACCACUUUGAGCUGCGUGUGAGUGCAGAGAAGUACCAGGACCUCCUGUCAGAGCGGGCGGUCCAGUUCAGAGCCAUCCAACGCCGUCUCCUGACCCGCUUCAAAGACAAGACCCCCGCCCCCCUACAGAACCUAGACACACUGAUGGAGGGCACCUACCGCCAGGUGAUCGCGUUGGCAGAUGCAGCGGAGGAGAACCGGGCAUGUCUGAAUCAGGCGUUUGUCCGCCUGCGCAGUGCCACCCACCUCCUCAUCCUCCUGGUCUCCCUGUGGCAGGGCCUCAACACAGAGCAGAACGCCAUCCUGGAGGCUACGCUGCUACCCCUGCUACAGGACACACCACAGCUGGGUUGGGAGGAGAGUGUGGACGCGGCCGUGUCUCACCUCCUGAGGACCUGUCUGUCUCGCAGCCCUAAGGACCAGGCCCUGUCUCUGUCCACCUCCCAGCUCAGCAUGCCCAAAGACACGGUCCGCCUGAAGAAGCACAUCACCCUGCUGUGUGACCGCCUGGGCAAGGGGGGACGGCUGUCCCUGGCCUCCGAGGCCAACGUACCCACACCAGUCAUGAUGCCAGGGGGCUGUGAGCCAAUCGCGGAGGCUGUUGCGGACCUGGAGGAGCCACCCCUGCAACAGGAGUCUGCCGCCAAGUUUAUCAAAAAGAAACAGCCGUCCAAGAAAGUCAAGUCUAAGACAGAUAAAGAAUCAAAGGACAAGAAAGUGUCUGCUGAGGGGGGAGUCAAGGAGACAGUGGAAGAGACUGCAGAAGAGCCUGUGAAAGAAGUGAAGAGAGAAAAGAAGGAGUCCUCUAAGGAAAAGAAGAAGGAGUCGACCAAGGAGCCCAAAGAGCCCAAGGACCCUGGGAAAGAGUCAAAAAAGGAGUCUUUGAAAGAGUCCAAGGAAAAGAAGGAGUCCUCCAAGGAAUCUGGAAAGGAGUCAAAUAAGGAGUCUUCUAAGGAGACCAGCAAAGAGUCUUUGAAGGAGCCUGGGAAAGAGAAAGUGUCGAGAAAGUCAUCUGUGAAGGUCAAGGAGAAAAAGAAAGAGCCAGAUGCUGCUGCUGGAGAGGGCUGAUAAUGUCAUGCAAUAAAUACAUUCAGUUACACACACACACACACACACACACACACACACACACACACACACACACACACACACACACACACACACACACACACACAUACACACAUUGACAAACACACUUCUAUCAGGGCUGAUGCUGGUCCAUAGUCAGGACUUCUGGUGUCUGUGUUGGGUGAAGGUGCGGUGCAGAAGAUGAGGCCCAGUCAGAAACUCCAGUAGAACAGUGUAGGAGUCGGACGUGCGACAUCAAAGCCCUUCCCCUCCCUUCCUUCCAGUGGCAGCGUCUCGUAGUGGAACCCACAGCCCUGUGCGCCCUAACCACCCCGCCUACACGCGGGCACGCUGACAUCUACCCCGCCCUCUCUCCCCCUCGUGUGGCACCAUGCCUUGCCAAAGCCACCCCCGCCUCAGGCUAAGAAUAUCCCCCGCGUUCCGUCCAUCCCUCCGUAUGUCCCCUGGGGUAAAACAAGGUCACUUUCACCCCCCCAUCAGCACACUGAAGCAGGAAAACCAUCAAACUGAGACAAUAGCAGAGAAACGAAAAGGGGGGGAUUCAAGCAGCCCUCAUAAUCGUUUGUGAGGACUUGCAGGAACAUACUUAAUCACACACACCUGAAUCCACAAACACAUGCACACAAACACAAGAAUACAAACAUGCACAACUAUACAUGUAAAAACACUAGCUAGCACCUGCUCGUAUUCUGCAACACACAGCUCUGCAAGUGGUACAGUGUUUCCAGCCAGCCUCUGAGACCAUAGGCCACCUUCUGUUAGAGGAUCGCUGUGCCAGCCUGACCAAUGACAAUCCAAACAGCUCUUUGUAUUGUACUGUACCUGUACGUCCUGUAUGUGUGUUGUCUGUACGUGUCUUGAUGAAUUUAGAUGUGUAUCGUUUCCUAACUCAGCUUAUGAAUGUAUUAUAGCAAAGGUUUUGUACCGUAAUCAGCUAGUCUGAUGCACCAGGCACCUGUUCUCUGCCUGUUUUUAUAGACAAAGCAGGGUGAUUCAAGUUAGUGCUAUGAAACUAUUGUUUAAUGUUUGUAUCUUCUUAAUCUCCCUCCGUAUGCAUGUCAUUCUCUAUCCCUUUAAGUCUGUCUCCUUUCACUCCUUGCUUACAGAGUAUGUGGGACAGUGUAUAUGUUAGAGUAUAUAGGAUUGGUCACUGUUAAAAUGGCUUUGUCUUUGGCCAGUGGCUUUAGGGUUGUUUUUUUUUCCCUUACUGUUGUGUAAACGGUCUGUGCAAAUUUUCCUGAGCUCGGCACAAGGUCAAUUUAAGAUUGAGUAACUGUGAGACUCACUGUUUAAUUUGGCACGGGUCGUUUGUAGAUGUUGUGGAAGAAGAUGGGGAUGGACUCUGGCGGACUCUCCUCUCAGGUCUGUGUUAUGUCUCUUUGACGUCAGUGGGUUCUCUGUUUUUUUACUAUUCUCCUCAAUAACUUGUGUCUUUGACUAAACGCUUUGUGGCGCUCUGUGUUUCACAACAUGAAUGUUGUACAGGACAGGUUCAAGUGCAAAAAAUGAUUGAACUAGGACCAAACAUUGUUACAUGCCCCACUGUGAAAAACGAACAGUGCCGCACAGUUUUGAGAGAAUGUAAUAAAAAGCCCUUUGGAUUAGACUUUUAGAAA